UGUACUCUUAAUAUUGAAUAAGGUAAAUAAUGCAAUUAAUAAUUCUUUAUUUGUUGCUAUAUAAUUUUUCAAAUAAAUGUUUUUCAUUUAAUUUCUUCAUUGUAUGUUAAUGUAAUGUCCAACUGCUACCCUCCUAUACUAUUAUGGAAUCCGUUUAUUGAAAAAUUCAUUAUGUAUUGAAUUGUAUUGAUUAUUGCUCCCCACAUAUAUUCACAUAAUAUAUAUAUAUAACAUGCUAAGAAAAUUAAUCUCUAUUUACAAAUCUUAGUUUUUUAAUUAAAAAAAAACUAAUAUAUAUAUUCAUACAAUAUUAUUUUCAAUGUUUUAUGAAGAUUUUUAUUUUCAAAAAUAUACUUUAUCAUAUAUAUAUAUAUAAGAGGCAAAGAUACACGGGCUCUUUACAAUUCACUCUUUCUGAUCACUAUCUAAAAAACACACAGUGGCAACUUAAUUAAUUACAAGGCUGAAAGAAAAGAGUUUGUGAGUGCAGGGUUUGAAAAUGCUUGUCUGAAAAAGAAGAGUAUAGUGUACGUGGUUUCCUCUUUGUUGUUUUCUAGAGAGAUAAACGUACAUUUAAAUCACACACUACACACAGUGGGUUUGUUCUUAGAAGUAUUAGUGCUGUUUCAACAAUGGUGAAGAAGAAAGAAGACGAUCAGAAUGAUAAAGAGAUGAUCAGAGCUCAUCAUGAAUCCGUACUUGACCUUCUCAACAAACAAGCUCCACUCUCUCCCAAACAGGAGAAAUUCUGCAAUGAAGCUUGUGUGGAAAGGUAUCUGAAAGCCAAAGGGUAUAGUGUGAAAAAAGCAGCCAAGAAUCUCAGGAAUUGUCUUUCUUGGAGAGACUCUUUCGGCACCGAUAAAUUAAUGGCUGAUGAAUUCUGCGGUGAGCUUGCGGAAGGAGUUGCGUAUGUUGCUGGUCACGACGAUGAAUCAAGGCCCGUCGUGAUUUUACGAAUCAAGCACGAUUACCAGAAAUUCCAUUCGCAUAAACUAUUUACUCGGUUGUUAGUGUUUACACUUGAAGUGGCUAUUCAAACUAUGGCAAAAAAUGUGCAACAAUUCGUUCUUCUGUUUGAUGCCGGCUUUUUUCGAUCAGCGUCUGCGUUUAUGAACAUGUUGCUGGCAACACUGAAGAUCAUAAGUGAUUAUUAUCCUCAAAUGCUUCACAAGGCUUUUGUCAUUGAUCCUCCAUCUCUCUUCUCUUACCUUUGGAAGGGAGUGAAGCCAUUCGUCGAGCUUUCAUCAUCGACAAGCGUGGUAUCAUCGUUCGACUUUCAAGAUUCCCUCCGUUUUAGUGACAUGAUGACGACAUCAACUUCGUCCCGUUUUAAUGCUUCAUCUCAAAUUGAAUCUUGCUACUCAUCGAGAUUUUCGUUCACCGUCUCGAAUAAUUUCGAUUCACUAAAGCCUUGGUAUCUUUCACUAUCCAACACAUCCAAAUCCAAAUUAUGCCAAACAAAUCCCUUUUCAAGCCCAAGUAUAUCGAGUACUAGUACCCCCAACGCCACGUCAUCAUCCUCCUCCUUAGCACCGCGAACGCCACGUGGCAACAUCGAUGCCGUUUGUAAGAAGGGAAUAUUCUUUCCCGUCAACACCGAGAACUCCAAACCCUACAUCGUCGUUUUUCCAGUCUCCGGCUUUUUUCUUCCGGAAGGAGCGGCAAACUAAUCGAGUGGAGAAAUCGCGCGAUUUAUUUUUACCAUUUUUGAAGUUCUAUCAACGGCCGUACGACGAGAUGGUUUAUAGGUCGAAGAUGAGGGCCCCUCUAGGCGGGCUCGUCUCCAUUGUCUCUCCGCAAAUCAAACGGAGACACGUGUCGCUCUCUCAACGAUUUUGAUCUAAAUAGAAAUGUAAUAUUCAUUACAUAAUUGUGAUAUUGAUCAAGUGAUGCUCUCCUCACUAAUUAUUAAUAUUAAUAAUAUUAAUAAUUGAAUAGAUGUAACAACUUAUUGGUCAAUGGUGCAAAUAAAUUUCUUGUUUGGAGGUUU